ACUGGCAGGCGCUUCUUAACACGAUUGUCCAGCGAAUACGGUCUAAUAAUAAUAUUCCGGAAAGUUCAUUCAUUACUCGGACAUACCAUUUUUAUAUUACCGAAAUAUCCCUCAGGAAAGGAUAAAAGGCGUAGCAUCACCUGGUCGAUAUUCAUUCACCACUCCUCUACAACACAAUUACUGGCUCUUUAUUCUUCUCAUUGUGUAUCAACAUGAAGCUGUCCUUGAUCAACGCCGUCGUCUUGUUAGCUGCCUUCGUACAUGCUGCGCCCGCACCCAGUUCCAGCGUCGAUGUCCCCACUUCGAUGGAAGGGCUGACCGCGGCGUCCCCCGAUACUGCCUUUAGACGAAGCGUCGAUGUUCCCGCUUCGAUGGAAGGGCUCACCGGUGCAUCUCCCGAUACUGCCUUUAGACGAAGUGUAGACGUUCCCGCCUCUAUGGAAGGACUUACUGGGGCUUCGCCCGACACUGCGUUUAGACGAGAUGUUGACGUUCCUAGCUCGAUGGCAGGGCUCACGGGAGAAACCCCAGAAGUGGCAUUCAAGCGAGGUAUCGACGUGCCCGCCUCAAUGGAAGGCCUUACCGGGGCCUCUCCAGAGACUGCUUUCAAACGAGGUAUUGAUGUCCCCGCUUCAAUGGAAGAUCUUACCGCUGUGAAUCCGGAUACUGCCUUCUAGGGAGGUUGCGGUCUUUCUGAUGUCUACAACUGAAAUAUCAUGAUGUCCCUUCAAAACGUAGAGAGCCUAGAGUAGAAACAUGAUCAUUACUAUAGUACCUCGAUAAUAUAUAAGUGUUCAACAACUGGUACAUGACCUGGCUUCUGCUAAUGUUUCGGAGAAGCUUAGCAAUAU